AGGCGCGUUCCCGGACACCUAGGCGGAAGUAAACAGCUUCACGUUUAAUAUGCCCUAGUUCUGUUAUUUACUUUUUUAUUAUUUUGUUAAAAAUGGACAGGUUUGUUUGGGCAAAUGGGCUACUUGAGAUGAACGAAACGUUAGUAAUUCAGCAAAGAGGAGUGAGACUUUACGAUGGGGAAGACAAGGCUAAACUUGAUGUAGGAGUCGUUCUUCUCAGCACCCAUCGCCUUCUCUGGAGAGACCAGAAGAAUCAUGAAUGUUGUAUAUGCAUACACUUGUCACAGAUCAUAUUCUUUGAGGAGCACGCAGCUGGCAUCGGAAAAAGUGCCAAGAUUGUCAUUCACCUGCAUCCAGCCCCGGAAAAUAAGGAGCCAGGCCCCUACCAGCACAGCAAGUACUCUUUUAUAAAGCUGUCCUUCAAGGAACAUGGGCAGAUUGAGUUUUACAGACGUCUAACUGAAGAGAUGACUCAGAAACGAUGGGAGAAUACACCUGUCUUACAGCCCAUCCCCACAGGAAUAGGACCCAAGGCAGGAAGAACACGUGCAGUGGGGAUUGUGGGGAUUGAACGGAAGUUGGAAGAGAAAAGAAAAGAGACCGAUAAAAACAUUUCUGAGGCCUUUGAGGAUCUCAGUAAACUGAUGGAAAAGGCCAAAGAGAUGGUGGAGGUCUCCAAAUCCAUUGCCAACAAAAUCAAAGACAAGCAGGGUGACAUCACAGAAGAUGAGACUAUCCGCUUCAAGUCUUAUUUGCUGAGUAUGGGUAUAGCCAACCCAGUGACCAGAGAGACACACGGCUCAGGCACACAAUACCACAUCCAACUCGCCAAACAGCUGGGAGACAUGCUGCAGGCCCCACUGGAGGAGCGUGGAGGAAUGAUGGCCCUCACUGAAGUGUACUGUUUGGUGAACAGAGCCCGUGGUAUGGAGCUUCUCUCUCCAGAGGACUUAGUCAAUGCCUGCAAGAUGUUUGAAUCACUGAAGCUUCCUCUACGGUUGCGAGUAUUUGACAGCGGCGUGAUGGUGGUUCAGCUCCAGUCCCACAGUGAAGAGGAAAUGAUUGCCUCAGCUCUAGAUAACGUGUCUGAUAAAGGCUCCCUCACAGCCGAAGAGUUUGCCAAGUUGUUGGGACUGUCAGUUCUCCUUGCUAAAGAAAGGUUGUUACUAGCUGAAAAAAUGGGUCACUUGUGCCGAGACGAUUCGGUAGAAGGUCUGCGUUUUUAUCCCAACCUGUUCUGACGCAUGAAGCCGAUAUGUUAUCGAACCCGGCUGGCUCUCAGCUCCUGCUGGCCCCGGAUCCCUCUCAGAACUGAUAACUGAUUAGCUCUCGCUCUGGACACAAGUGGGCACCAACUUUCCACUGUGUUUGUCAAUAGGGUCUUUCAUGAAUGUUGGUUAAGGUACUUGCGUACGUUACAGCAUCUGGUUUUUUUUUCUGAGUCUAACAUGUUUAGUUAUUUCCACAGCCUAUAACGAAAAGGGGAUGACAGAAAUGAUUAUGAGGAUGCAGAGGACAAAGUUCGUUGUUGAAAUCAGUUAUGUUGAUAUUGUGUGUGACUCCAGCGCAUAUUCAAUGCUGUCAGAUUGUCCAUAAAAAUAUGUGUGCAUUAUGCAUCAAACUGUGUUGUAAACACAUGAGAAAGAAGGUAAGGAAAAUUUUUAAUUAAAAUAAAAAAAAUAAAAUAAAAAAAAGCCAGAAUAACCAGAAAAUUCUAAACAUCAAAAUAAUAAUUCAGUGACACUUUUGUUGAGAGCAAUCUGCUUUUCCCCUUAUGGAAGCAUAAAUUCUUCCAUACUUAUU